AUGCAUAAUAAGUUUUAACCAAUCAUUAUGGAUGACACUACAUUAGGAUCAAUUGAUUCAAAAAGCAUCAUGUUUCUUACAGCUAGUCCAUCAUAAUUCAAAACAAAAUAAUAAGUAAGUCUUUCAAGAAAACUCUCGAAAUUGGAACCAUUAAUAAUUGAAAAAGAUAAACGAAAUGAUUCAAGAAGUUAAGAAAAACGAUUAUCACAGGAUCUAGGUGUUAGUUAAGUUUUAGAUUGGAAAUCAUUUAUGUAAAAGGAUGCUGAACAAAUCAAAGAAUUUAAUGAAACAACAGAGAAGAUUAGAAGAGGUUCAAUUUAAUCUUAGAAUUCAUAAAUUUUCAUAUCUCCUUAAAAAACUGAUAAAUUUAAUACAUCAUAAUUUGAUGGUAGAAGAUCUUCAAUUAAUUUAAAGUCUUUAGAUACUGAUGACUUUCUCGAAAAAAUGAAAUUAGGAAAGUAAGAAUAAUAUAUAAAUUUUAGUAAACAGUUACCAAAUUUGACAACAACAGAGUUUAUGAAAUGUGUAAGAUAAAAAGAAAAAUUAACUGAAUAUGCUAAAGUCUAUUAGUAAUCCCCAGAAAAUUUAUAUCUAAAAUUAAACAACUGUAUAAUGUUUUUUGUUAUUUAUUGGUUAGCUUAGAAUUUUGUACCAAAAACCUUUGGAUUAGUAUCACCUUUAGGAAGUCCAUUAACUUAAGUGAAUGCAUCUAGAUAUCUAAGAAGUAUUGAUGAUUGUAAAGUAUAUGCAUAAGCUAUGACAACUACAUAAUCAUAAGGAAUCUAGAAAAUGUAGUUGAAUAGUAAUAUUUACGAUCCAAGAUAGUUUAAAGAAUUAUUAAUUAGUUUUCCUAAUACAGUACGAGAACUAGAAUUAAAAGACUGCAAAUUAAAUUUUAAACAUGUAGAUACAUUGAUGACUUAUGUUAAUAAGAAUUUGAUAUUAAAAUUGAAUUUAGAAUAAAAUUUACUUAGAGAUUAAGGUUGUAAUACUCUAAUUAAAUAUUUAAUGAACAACAAUACUUUACAGUGUUUAAAUUUAUGUAAUAAUAAAAUUACAGAAUCUUCAAGUACAUUAUUAAGUAAUUUUUUAAAACAAUCAUAACGAUUAUUAGAAUUAUAUUUGGGAUUUAAUAAUCUCUAAAUAAAUGGAAGUAUUUAAAUAUGGAAAGCAAUGUAUAAGAAUACAAGCAUAAAGAUUUUAGAUAUGUCUCAUAAUGCAAUAGCAUCUUUAGAAUGUGCCUAAGCAAUAGCCAAAGCAUUGUCUCGUCCUUAUAAUGAAUUAGUUCAUAUAGAUCUUAGAUAUAAUAAGUUUAAUUAGCAACAAAGUUAAGUUAUUGCUGAUGGAUUAGUAAAAAAUGAAACUAUCUAUGGAUUUCAUUUCGAAGGUAAUUAUUAAGAUAUAAUUAUGAAUCCUAAUGGAUUUCUUAUUAAUAGAAGGGAAGAAUUAAAAAUAAGAUAAUAGAAAAUAGAAUAAUUAAACAAAUAACCAUAAUAUUUUAAAUUAUUGGAUGAAGAAAAAUUAGACAAUUCGAAUAAAUUAAAAACUGAUGAUGAUUUAUAUUUAGCUUAUCAUAGAAGUAGAAGAAUGAAAUCAACUGAAUUAAACAAAUAAAAAGUAAAUAUGAUAAAUAAAUUGGAUGUAUGUUGGAUUUGUGAAGGGUGGUAAGAAAUUAAAUUUUAAUGGAAUCCAAAAUCAGGAACCUUGUAAUCUGAACCUAUCUUUAUACAUUUCGAUUUCGAUGAUUAUAAACCCUAUUUAAUGACAUUUUUAAAUGGAGAAUUCUUUUUUGUUAAGAUGUGUCCUCCUAAUAGAUCAAUCAAAUAUUUUUUUACUAAUCCUAUUUUAGGAAUUCAAUGUAUUGCAGAAGAUCAAAAUGUUUUAUCUCUUCAUUAACCGCUUCCAUCUAUUCCAUUUUUAUACAAUAAUGAAAUUUUAGUUGAUGGUAAUAUUAUGCCAAUAAUUAAUGAAUACAUUACAAAUAAUAAUUAAAUUUUAUUCGAUAGAUAUGUUCCUUUAGUAUAAGUUAAACCAAGAGAAAUUAUGGCAUUAUUUGAUUUCUCUCCAUAUUUAAAUAUUGCUUCUACUAAAUGGUCUGUAGAAACAUCAAUAUUUAGACAUUUUCCACCUGAUACUGAUAAAUUAAUAGAUGAAUGUUUUGAAUUUGAUUAUUCAAACUCUAAAAUAAAUAGAUUGGUAAAAGAAACAGAAUUGUAAGAUGUCAAAGAAAUAUUAAAGUAAUUCUAUCUGUAGCUCUUUAACUGUUAUAAAUAUUUUGCAUCAGGCAAUCCAAAUGCUCCAGUUUUAUAUUUUAUAAUAUUUUAGAUUCCAUGUUUAGGACCUACUGAUUAUGUUGAAUUUCUUAUUUCCAAUGAUGUUAUUGAAGGGGUCAAACCAAAUGAUAUUGAUAUUGGAUUUACAUCAACAGCAGGAGCUAAAGAUGUAUCAUUCCCUUAAGCAUAUGAAAAAGGAAUUGUGAGAUGUUAACUAAUGGAGGUCUUGGUUCGAUUUUGUAAUGAUAAAUAUAUUAGGAGUGGAUUGUGUUAAACUAUGACAGAAGGAUUAUCAUAAUUAUAGUCAUAAUGUAAAGAGUUCUUAUCAAAAUUCGAUUCUUCUUAAGCUUGGAGGAAAAUGAGAUUAUGGAAUGAAAAAUGUGAUAUUCUUAUUCAUGAUAGAAUGCCCAUGAUUAAAUGUCUUUAUAAAUAUACUUGUAAAUUAAGUAAAAAACCUUAACAAUAUAAAUAUGAUUACGUUUCACCUUAAGAUUUUAAAGACUUAUUAAAAUUAUCUAAUGUUAUUUGCGAUGAACUAUCAGAACGAGAAUGUUACCUUGCCUACUUAUAGAGCAUGAUUACUUAAAAAGAUGAAUUAUUUUAACCAAAACACUAUUAGAUGACUCUUUAUGAAUUUAUUGAAGCUAUUGCUAGAAUUGCUGAAAAGGUAUCUGUAAUCAGGGGUGAAAAAGUACUUGAAAUUGAAAAUAGAAGAGCUUAAGAUUUACAGGAAAAAAUAUCUGGAUUGCUCCUUUUAAUGUAUCUAACACUUAUAGAUGAAAUUAAAAAAGCUCUGCCUAAUGAACCAGAUGUUAAACAUCUUGAAAAAUGUAUGAAUAAUGAUUUCAGAUCCAAAAAAUAAAAGCUAGAGGACUCCUUCACUGAUGGAGAUGAGCCUCCAUAUGAUGUUAAGGUUGAAUUACCUAUUUUAAUCGCAUAAGUUCCAAAUCUAUAAGCCAAUGCUAAUGGUCCUGCUAAAAGAAUGACUAUUCGUAAUAUCAAAAUGUUAAAACCCUCUAAUACCAAGUACUCUCUCACCAAUUUUGUACAAUUCUUUAUUAGCUUAAAUGAAAGAACCUGAUUUUAUUAAAUAUCCU